AUGAAAAUGUUUUUCUUAAUACGCAGAAGAUUAACAUGUGAAGUUAACAAUUAUGAAAAUAUAUCAAAUUCAUUUUUAAUUAAGUUUUACUUAUAUAAUUUUUCUAAGAUAAAUAUUGAUGCAUAUAUUAAGUUGAUAACCUUACUUAAUAACUAUGAAAAUAUUACUGAAUCUAAUAAUAUUUUAAAUGCUCCCUAUUUUAAAAAUCCUAAUUUAGUUUUAUAUAAAUAUUUUCAAUUUUUUAAUGAGAAAAAUGCAAAAAAGAAGCUAUUAAAUUUGUUAAUGUUGCUGUAUUCAAGAAAUAUAAGAGAGUACCAAGACCAAAAAAACUUUUUUUACAACUCAUCUAUAUAUGUUCAUAAUUUUGUUUUCAGAAAGUUUUUUUAUUUUCACUCAAGUUUUUAUUUUAAAAUAAAAGAAAAUAAAGAAACAGUAAAUGUGAUAAAUAAAUAUAACUUAUAUACUGAUUUCUUUUUGUAUUCAUUGGAUUUUUAUUUAUUUCAUUUAUCUAAAAAUUGUAACAUUCUAAGCAUUGAAAAUUUAAAUAUCCUAUCAAAUAUAUAUUCAAAUAUAAAUAUAACUAGGGGAUAUGAAUAUCAUUUACAUUUAGAUGAUAAUAUAAAUGGAAAAUUUUAUAAAUACGAUAAAGUAGAUAAAGUUACUACCUAUAAGGAUAGUAACAAUAAUAAAUACGAAACGUUUGAAGAUAAUACUGAAAAAAAUAUUGAUACAAAUAACCAGAUUUCAACUGCGUUCGAUAAUAAUUUAAGUAAUAAAAUAUGCUUAUUAUAUAUAUAUAUUUCUAAGAGCAUAAUUUAUCAAACCCAUACAUACAUAUUGAAUAAAAGGAAAGUGUUUCAAAAAGAAAUUUCCAUUAAAGAAAUUAUGUUAAAUAAUGUUAAUGCUUGUAAGAACAUUUUAAAUAAAAUUUUAAAUAAAAGCAUAAAAGAGCAGUAUAUUAAAUAUAAAAUUUUAAAAAAAAAACAUAAUGAUAAACUUUUAAAUUUAAAUAUUUUGAAAAAUUAUUUUAACGCUGUUAAAUUCUUAAAUAUUAUAAAUAUAAAAAAAUAUAUCUAUAUUAUAAUUUAUUUAUAUUUUAACUCUAUUUUAUUUAAUAAAUCUAUCUAUUACUCUUCAUUAAUAUUUUGUUUAUUACAGAAAUAUAAUUUACAAUAUACUUAUAUUUAUAAUAUUUUGCUAAUAAAGUUUAAUUUGUUUUUUUGGAAUUACAAGAUUCUUAAUGACUUCAAUAAGAUAAUAAUUCUUGAUGCAAUUAAUAAAUAUAUUGACACAAUUUUAAUCUCCCAAAUUAAAAAAAAAGACAAAAAAGAAAAUGAUAUAAACUUUUUAUUUCCUGAUGAUUUUUAUAAUGAUGUUUACAAAAAGGAAUAUUUAGAAAAUUUAAAAAUAUAUAAUAUGUUAUACAACAAAACAUAUAAAUAUAAAAAAAAUUCAUAUCAUGUUUUAACAUAUUUUGAAUACAGUAUUUUUAGUUUGUUCAAAUACUUAUUUUACAAUAUAAUGUGUGUGGAGAAAAAUAAAAACGAUAAAACAAAACAUUUUCUGGAAAAUUAUAUAUAUAAAAAUAAGUGUUUUGUAAGUAAAAAAUAUAAUAAUUUCUACUUGUAUUUAUCAGAUAUACUUUUAUCAAAUAUUAUACUCUUAUCAGUUUAUGUUCAAAAUUGUAUGCCAAUCCUUUUUUCCUUAAUGCAAAAAGCUUCUAUUGUAUCAACAAAAAAAAUGAAAAAAAAUAAGUCAUCUCUUUUUUAUAAGAGAUCGAUUUUAAUAAUGAAUGAAGAUGAUAAUAAAUGUAAUUCCUUAAAAAGAAAAAAUUCUCUUUUAUUAAGAAUAUUAUACAAAAAUGCUUAUAACAAUUAUACUUACAAAAAAUACGUAAGAGAAAAAUUAAAAAAUGUAAACCCUUUUUUAUUAUUUUUAUUUAAUGUAUACAAAAUAUUUAAACUAAAAAUUAUUAAUAAUCAUAAUAUUGAAGAAAAACAACAAAAUAAAAAUAAAAAAUAUAUGGAAGAAUCAUAUAUAUUUAAUAAUAUAAAAAAAAAUAAAAAUAACAAAAUUCAAACUAGUCUAACCCACUAUUAUAUAAGCAGUAAUUUAAAAAAACUAAAUGAUUCUAAUUUGUUUAAUGAGAAAAAUAUUUUAACCUUUUAUUGUGAUAUAUCUUUUAACAAUAAUAUAAUAGAAGUAGAUGGCCCAAAGCAUUUUUUUAUUUAUUACAGUUUUCCUAAUAAUUCUGAAAACUAUUUUAAUCCUUUCAUUUUAAAAAAUAAGGAUAUAUUUGAUUAUUAUUAUGUUUUUCCUUUUUUUUUUAAUAAAACAGGUGUCUUAAGUAUAAAGGAUAAGAACAAUAAUUACUAUUUAUAUAAUGACAAAAGUAUUAAGAAAAAUUUUUUUUUGUAUAUUUAUGGUUAUAUUAUAAAACAUAUAAAUUAUAAUGACGAUAAUAUUACAGAUUAUAAGUAUUUGUAUAAUAUAAUAUUUAAAAAAAAAUGUCAACUUUAUUUGAUUUAA